UGAUCUCCAGCUUUCUUAUAAAGCCUCGAGACCAGCACAAUGGAAGUACGUCGAAGGAAGACAAAGACGGCUGAUAAUAAGCAAACGGUGCGACUUAAACAAAGCGCCAAGUUUGAUUACGAUAAGAUUACCACAGAAUGUCUGGAAGAAUUGCUACGAGAUGAGGGUGAUGGAGAAUCUGUUUCCGAGGUAUCAAUUGAGAAAGAAAUUCGGAAGGAGGUUUCACUUGACAAUACACCUCCUAUAAGAAUUAAAAUAAAUCUAGAAGUUGACCUGGUGGCAGUGGUUUUAUUAUUUGCAGGACUUGCUACUCGUUUGUACAGACUAGAGGAACCUCGCAGUAUAGUAUUUGACGAAUUGCAUUAUGGUAAAUAUGUGGGGUUGUAUAUGAAGAGAACGUUUUUCUUUGAUUCUCAUCCACCAUUGGGAAAGCAGCUUGUAUCUGCAGCUGCAUAUUUAGCUGGAUUUGAUGGCCAAUAUAAAUUUGACAGAAUAGGAAGUCUGUAUCCAGAAUCAGUACCAUUAUUUGCAUUGAGAUUAGUACCAGCACUAUGUGGUAGCCUUGCAAUACCUACUGCUUAUCAUUUAGCAUUAGAACUUGGAUUGAAACCAUGGAGUGCUGCCAUUGCAGGACUCAUGUUACUCUUUGACAAUGCAUUCCUAACACAAUCAAGAUUCAUUCUCAUGGAGAGUAUAUUAAUUCAGUUUUCCUUAUUUGGAUUACUAUGUGUCAUGAAGUUCCGGAAAAUCAUGGACAGACCAGAACUCCUUUCCUGGUGGAUAUGGCUAUUUCUUGCAGGCAUUAAUUUAACAUGUGCACUAUGUGUCAAAUACGUUGGCUUCUAUUCAUUAGUUCUCGCAUUAGGGCUGAUCGCCCGAGAUUACUGGAGUUUGAUACCCAAAAAGUAUCUAACAGGUAGCAUCCUUUAUGCGCAUUUAUUCGCCAGAGCAAUAGUCCUCUUUAUAACCAUAGCCAGUGUCUACCUGGGAGUAUUUUACAUACAUUUAUCAAUACUCACAAAAGCUGGACCUCACGAUGCUGUCAUGACAAGUGCUUUCCAAGCAAGUUUAGACGGUGGUCUGGCCAGUAUUACUAAAGGACAGCCUCUGGAAGUAACCCAUGGUUCUCAGAUUACACUGAGACAUACCUACGGCAGAGCUUGCUGGUUGCACAGUCACAAUCACGUAUAUCCAUUGAGAUAUCCAGAUGGUCGAGGAAGUUCGCACCAACAGCAAGUAACGUGUUACUCCUUCAAGGACGUAAACAAUUGGUGGAUCGUCAAGAGGCCUGACGCUAACGAUUUGGUAGUAACCAAACCAAGUAAGCCAAUAAAGCACGGCGAAGUCAUACAGCUGGUGCACGGAAUAACUAGCCGUGCUUUAAAUUCCCAUGAUGUUGCUGCACCAAUGACACCACAGAGCCAGGAAGUCUCUUGCUACAUUGAUUACAAUGUCUCUAUGUCAGCACAAAAUCUCUGGAGAGUCGACAUAGUCAAUCGGGAACAGUCAGGUGACGUUUGGCAUGCAAUUCAGAGUCAAGUUCGUCUUAUCCACGUGAACACUGAAUACGCCCUAAAGUUCAGUGGCAGACAGUUGUCUGAUUGGGGCUUUAACCAGCACGAAGUAGUUGCUGAUCGAUUGAUAGAACAAGCCAAUGCUGUUUGGAAUGUCGAGGAGCACAGAUAUACCAAGAGUGACGACCAAAAGCAAAGAGAAAGAGAAUUGAUAAAUGCAGAAAUGAUUCCGCUGCAGGCCACUACUCUUAACUUUUGGGAUAAGUUUGUUGAGUUGCAAAUGAAAAUGUUCUUUGGUGGGCAGGAAAGUCAGAAUAGUCAUAUGUACUCAAGUGGACCAUUAGAGUGGCCAUUGAUGGCUAGAGGAAUUGCCUACUGGGUUUCCAGUCACAGUAACGCACAAGUUCAUCUACUUGGUAAUAUCGUUAUAUGGUAUUCUGGUACAGUGGCUGUAUUAUUGUACUUAUCACUUUUGAUAUUUUAUUUAAUGAGACGAAGAAGAAUGUGCUUCGAUAUUUCGGCUGAAGAGUGGCACAGAUUCGUAACUAUUGGGGAAGUUCUACUGACAGGAUACUUACUGCAUUUCUUGCCAUUCCUCUUUGUGGAGAGGACAUUAUUUCUCCAUCAUUAUUUACCGGCUUUUAUAUUCAAAGUUCUUCUAACAGCCGCUACUGUAGACCAUCUACACUACGUGAUAGCAACACGAUAUCGUUGGAACGUCUUACUAUCCUUCUUUAAAAUGGCUAUCGUUGUUUGGAUAGCUUUAAUUAUUUAUGUAUUUCGUAAGUUCGCUGUGCUUAGCUACGGCAUGACUCCACUGAGCGCCACAGAGGUUUUGAAGUUGAGAUGGUCUGAUACCUGGGACUUUAUAAUACACAAAACGUAAAGGACGACGAUAAUUUAACGACGUAGCCAUUGAACAAUGAGUCAUUUGAUUCGAAGAAAAAUUAAACUUAAACGUAUCAUUGAUACGUUGCGCACACAAAUCAGUAUAUUAAUUAGAUAAGAGUAACGCUGGUAAACGUGAGAUUAAUAGACAUAAGGUAAAUUCUAUGGAAUACAGUGUUAUGAAAUUUCCAUGAAAUAUCUAUUUUUCUAGUGGGUCUACACGAAAUUUCGUCUUAUAUUUUAAGUGAUGCAUUGAUAUUAUCAAAAAAUUUUUUUGAUUUGUUGUAUAAUAACGUAGACAAUCUAAAGAGCUUUUCAUUAUUAAGGUUUAUCAUUGACAAGAAUCCUGGGAAAUGUAGGACUAUACAUUUAUUCGAGGAACAUUGAUUCAAAUUCUUGUAACAAUAUCUUUAUUUUUUUUGAUGAUUUUAUAUUUUUUAAUAGCUUAAAAAACAUCAGCGUGAUUCUAGAAACAUGCACACGGGAUACGCUAUGUAUAAAAUAUUUGGAUAUUUAUAGUUUAUUUGGAUAAUUUAUCGAUCCGCAUCUAGUACAUGAAUUUUAUUAUCAUAUUGUGAAUGAUACGGUGUUAGUAUUUAUAGUGUGAUGUAAAAAUUCUUUCGAACAAGAAUAAUAAACAGAGCGUCUGUCUUAUCGUUAGUAAAAUUAGUAUUAUAUAAUAAAUAAUAAUUUGCUGUGAGAGCUCACGAACAAUUAAACGGAUUCGCUCUUGCUCUACAGGACGUGAAAUAGUACCCAAAUAUUUUUGAGUCUUUUUGACUGAAAAGCGCAGCUCGGUACAAUAAUUAAAAUUGUUUUUAAUAUUUUUUGAAAAUAUUUGAAUGAACAAUAAUCACGCAAUCAUUAAUGUCGGGCAACGAAGUAUUAUAGGCUAAUAUAAUUUUUUUUUUAAUAAAAAUUUAAUCGGUAAUGU